UCGUUCUAGCCAGCUUGUUUCGACAGAGAGAAACUCCGGUUGGUUUCGAUGCUCGGGCGCGCGGGGUCCGCCAAGAAGGCGAGCAAGUUCGAGGACUCGGACAGCAGCAGCCGCAUGUCACGACCCAGGGCCAUGUCUGAGCUGCCGCACCGGGCCGCGACUCGCGUGCCCACGCGCCCGAGGACGGCGACUGUGGCCGUGGGCGCCGUGGCGAGUGGCGGCGUGCGUCCCCGUGGUGUCGGCGUCGGCCGAGGGGCGGCGCCUCGCAGCCCACUGCACGAGAAGAAACCCGCAGGUGCGGUCGCUGGUGGUGGCGGUGGUGCAGGGCCGCGGGCGGCGGAGCUGGAGGCCAAGCUGGGGAAGGCGCACGACCAGCUUGCAGCGAUGCGGGAGCAGCUCGCGGCCGCCGAGAAGGCCAGGAAGGACGCGCGCGGCGCGUUCGCCGAGGCCAAGAAGCGGUUCGCCGCGAACGCGAAGAAGAGGGAAGCCGCCUCUUCGGUGCCGGCCGCACAGGAUACCAAUGUGCGGCCGCCAGAACAGAAGCAGCAGGAGGAGGAGGCAGAAGUUGUCGCAGAGGACGUUGUAAACGGCGACGGCGAGGAGACAAGUGGCAUGGUCGACCGCGAGAACAAUGAGUCCCGGGUUGAGGAGGUGGCCGAGAAGACGGCUGAUAAUGGCGAUGAGGCGAGCAACAGUAUUGCCGUCGUUGGAGACGACGAUGGUGGCGAUGAGGGGAACCUGGAGGCCGGCCAGCUGUGGACCAAGCUUGUGGCCAAAGACAGGGAGGUGUACGAGCUGAGGGCGAAGCUGAUGCUGAAGGACAUGGAGGUCGACGCGCAGAAAUUGGAGCUGACGGCGAAGGACGCGAACAUCGGCACGCUGGUGGCAGAGCUGGUCGCAAAGGACGCCUAGUU